UUGAAUAUUUGAGCAUUUUCAUUUUCUCUCAUGGCGUCUGCACUCACUUUCCCGAUCAAGGUAGGCCACAUUGACGAUGUUCAAGAACUCACCAAGACAAAAUCUCCAAUCCCCGAAAGAUUUCUCCGCAGCGAAGCCGAGAGGUCAACGCUUUCCGCCACUGCAUCUCCCCCCAUUGAAAUCCCCAUUGUUGAUUUCUCUAAGCUUGCAGCUGCAAACAACCCGGAUGAACACUCUACUGAAAUUUCUAACUUAGCAAUCGCCUGUCAGGAAUGGGGAUUUUUCCAGGUGAUUAAUCAUGGGAUCGACGUGAAUUUGCUUGAAGCUGUUGAGAAAGUAGCCAAAGAGUUCUUCAUGCUGCCAUUAGAGGAGAAAAAGAAGUACCCAAUGGCUCCAGGAACAGUUCAGGGAUAUGGUCAGGCCUUUAUUUUCUCAGAAGAACAGAAGCUUGAUUGGUGCAACAUGUUUGCACUUGGUCUUCAUCCUCCAUCUCUAAUAAACCCAAAGCUCUGGCCAACAAACCCUCCAGAUUUCAGUGAAACUCUGGAGAAUUAUUCACGGGAAAUUAGGAAACUUUGCCAGAAUCUAUUGGAGUAUAUAGCAGAAACUCUUGGAUUGAAGAAGAAUGUGUUUGAAGAAAUGUUUGGGUUGACUGUUCAGGCAGUGAGAAUGAACUAUUACCCUCCAUGUUCAAGACCUGAUCUGGUUAUGGGUCUCAGCCCUCAUUCCGAUGGGAGUGCCUUGACAGUUUUGCAGCAAGCGAAGUGUAGCUAUGCAGGACUCCAGAUUGUAAAAGACAACAAUUGGAUAUCUGUUCAGCCUGUUCCAAAUGCACUUGUUAUCAACGUUGGAGACACCAUUGAAGUUCUGACAAAUGGAAAGUAUAAGAGUAUAGAACACAGAGCAGUGACUGAUUCGAAAAAAGACCGACUUUCACUCGUAACAUUUUACGCACCGAACUAUGAAAUUGAGAUUGGACCCAUGACUGAAUUUGUUGAUGAGAAGAAUCCAUGCAAGUUCAGAAAAUAUAAUCAUGGAGAAUACAGCAGGCACUAUUUGGCUAACAAGCUACGAGGCAAGAAAAACCUUGACUUUGCCAGAAUCUAA